UUACGGCGCACAUGUUCGGCCCUAAUUAUGAAGGCGCAGAUUAUAUGCUGGCAGUUUGGCAGCCCUAUGAAAAACUCAGGCCAGAUGAAAUGGCCACUCACUUUAAUAAAUAUGGAAAAGUGGUGAAUAUUAAAGACUGGUGGCGUUGUCUAGGCGAGGAGUGGAUAACUGCAUUUCAAGUGGUUACGUAUAAAUCAAAAGACUCUGUUAAGAAGGCUGAGAUGGAAAUGGAAGAUAAUCUGCCCAAUGUUCAUGCCCUCUCGUUGAUGAACGUGCUGUAUUUGGCUGCCCUUGCUGAACUGGUCUUAUCGAGCUCGGCAAUUUAUCUGGAAAUUAAAGCCACUCCACAGUUGAAGGUGAACGCCUUAGCAGAAAUUGUUGGAAAACUCCGUGCAUUUGGGCAGAUACAUGAAAUCAUACGAGAAGAAUCCACAUUGAAAGUGUACUAUAAAUACGCCACCAACGCAUUAGCAGCUAACAUCAUGUCAAACGGUGCUUCUUCACACGGUAUGAGAUUCCGCACGUCACUGAUAAACAGUAAGACUUUUAUCAAAACUAUCAAAAAAUACUUGUCUGCUUACUUUUCAAUGGGAACUUUAGACAUUGAACUACCCCAAUCAUAUUUUUGUGAACUGCAAAAUAUCCUAGAAGCUGAAAUGGAAUCCACACCUGCUGCUGAUGUUGAUGUUGAUGAAGACGAGGAAAUUUAUAUAUACAUCGAUGAUCAACAUGAUGAGGAUGAUGAUCAGCCAAAUGAUAACAAAGAGGAUGACCUAGAUCAGACAAUUAUGGAUAUGGACUAAAUACAUGAAUUGCAUCCUAGCGAUGAAAUAUUAUUGAACAAACAUUUUCGGAUUUAAAUUAGACAAUAUUUUUAUGAACUUUAGACUUAUGCUUUUAUGAACUUUGACUUUUAAACAGUUAAAACCAACAAGUUUUAGAAAUACUUUUGUCUACUCAUCAGCAUACUCGUGGAUUUAGGGGAAUUUUAUCCCAUUAUAGACAUUUUACAGAUUUAAAUUUGAAAAUAAUUAAUAAUUAGUGAUUAUCAUUAAUAACAUUAAAUUAAUGCUUCAUGUUAUGUUCAUUAAUGCUAAAUGUUAAUAUAAGUAUAUAAAUGUAAAGGUAAAUAUUAAUAAAAAUUAAAAA